CGCUCCUAAUUGCCCUCCAAUCUCCAGGAAGCAAUUCCCCUUCCGCAUUCCCUCUCUCAUUUCUGUUAUAGCCUCUAGACUCUUCCAAAGACCCAAUUCUUUUGCAACGUUUUUUAUUUUGUAGGGUUACCUCAUGUACACAACCAAGAAGAAGCUUGAGUGCAUCACUCAUUUCAAUGAAAUGAUUCCUUCUACACAUUUGCUACCAUCGAAAUUCUGGGAGAUUUUUUAUGAAUCAAAGCUGUUAGGUCAUCUGGGAUGCAGCGGGCUAGCGAUGCCGGUCGAGAUUGUCCUAUUCUGUGGAGUACGCUUAUUCUUGGAAGUCACGAGGCGUCCAUCAACCAGCCCCGCUCUCCAUUGCCUAGGGCGACUUCUAUUUUCAGUGAAUCUUGAUGGGAUAAAUUUGAAGGGCCGUUUUGUCCAUCUGUCAAUUUGUUCAGAAUAUACUAAACCAUGGCUUAUCAAUCGUCCAUGAGAGAAACUGAUGUUUCCACUUUCAGACAAAGGUACUAUCACAUACAAAUUGAGAUAGCCUUUGGUGUUCCGUGAAGUGUAAACGUUUCAUGCAUCAGGCAAACAAUUAAUACUGAUGAGAGUUUAAGCCUUGAGGGAAGAUUGUGAUGCACCAAUGAUGUUACCACAUUGAAGUUCUUUAAAUCAAAGAAGAUUGAAGAAAGAGAGUUGUAGUUGAUGGAUAUUUUGGUGUUACGUUAAAGGAGGAAAAAAUUGUGAUGCUUAUUGUUGUCAAAUUUAUGUUAUUUUUAAACAGGACAUGUUGUUGGAUACUUUUUAAAAUUCAUAUGAUUUUGAUUGUAUAAGUACUAAUGUAUUAGAGGUCUUGGUAUAUCAUCGUAAUUUAUGUCGUAAAAUCUUAUAAAGUGUGUUGCUUA